GAAUGGAUCUGUUAUCGGUCAAGUGGGAACGAAGUGAUAACCCCGCGGCUAGAUAAGCCUCGAGAUGACGAGCGUGGAUCGUCUGGAGUGGUGUGAUCGCUAGAUCUCGGCUUGGGAUCAGUCAAACAAAUCCCAGUUCGCCGGCAAGAUGUGGUUCUCUACGACUAUUUUGAUUGUCCUAGGAACAAUUGCUUUAGUCCAGGCUAACGUGCAGUUCCACUUCUCGUUGGAUUUCCAUGUGAAGCAGCCACCCAACUCGUCUGACAUAAUCGACAAGACCAUUAUAGUGGAUAACAAUCAGAUUUCAAUGGUAGACAACGAAGAAACGACUACGAAGUCUUCGAUGAGCCAGUGGACAGAUCAGGAUCACUAUAAUCAAGCCACCCUGGUAAAGGUGAUCGAUACACGUAGAUUGGUGCAACAGCUAAACACGGAGCUAUCACCCUUGGCUGGCAGGAGUACCGAUCUGGCCAGGCGAAUCAAACAGAGUAUGCGCUAUGUCAACGAUGUGGAUGCUACCCUAGAUAAUUUGACCAACUUUGGGCAGCUGGUUGAACUGCUCAGGAAGUUCGUCACCCUGGUGGAUAACCUAAGGGAUCCCAACAAUCUGGGAGGUAUCCGAAGCCUCGAGUACGUACUUCUGAAGCUAGCCCUCGAGAAAUACGAUCUGCCCAAGAAGCGACGGGAGAUCGGACUGUAUUUGGAUCGGGCGGAGAGUGCCUGGCAGAGGUACCAAAACACGCAGGUGGUUCUCCUGGAUAACUCCACCUGAUGUUGAGCCCAUUUACCAAGAGCUCUUAGGAAUAUAUGUAGUUUUAAGAUAGCGCAUAACAGAGGCCAGCAUCAUUGGAAGAGACAAUCGCUGCACCAUCAUCUGGGGCGGCAUCCCUCUUCAAAGGAAUAAAAUCCAUCGAAGGGA